CUUCGUCUUCUUCUUCUCUUCGAGAUAUCCUGUUUCCGGGCCGCGGCCCCAUGGGGGAGGUCCCGACCGCUCUCCCCGGGGAUGGCUUCUGCCUCCCGUGCAGCUCCAGCUCUCUGUUGGCCCCGGCGCUCGACGGCGGGCCCCACGAGGCCGGCAUCAAAAAAGAGAGAGAACACGCUGGCUCAAACCUGAGGCCGUCGAAGAUCUGGGAGCGAGUGACAGUGACGAAGAUGACGGCCAGUCUCUCCCGCUGCGCUCCGCGACGGGGCGCACGCAGCAGCGGCCCACAGCAGCGCCGCGGCACGGACCCAGGCCCGAGGUGCCCGCUCCCGCGGCGGGCCGAGGCGCCCCGCGCGGGGCGGGGCGGAGGCGCUCGUGCGCCCGGGGGGGGGGGGGCAGCGAACGUUAGGAGGGAGGGGGCGCGCCGCUGGCCUCGAUGUGCCUCUCGGAGGCGGGGCCCUUCCUGGAGCACGCCAGGUCUGACCUUCACCUCAGGCCUGGCGCUCGCAGGGCGGCCGGCUCGGAGUCAUCACGUCAUCGAGGCGUCCUCCAGGCGUCCCUGACGUCGGGCGGCCCUCCCCCUGGCCGCCCGGCCGCCUCGUCCUCACCGCCGGCGCGCUGCUCCACCGUCUCCCGCCCGUCGUCCUCGGCCUCGUCCUCCAAGGAGGCCAUCUUGCCCGCAGUCACGUGCCCGUGCUGCUUCACCAGUGCAGCCCAGCUCUCCCUGUUCACCCUGAGGUUGCUCAGCAAGGUUGCCGGCCACCGCCGGGAGGACGAAGAAGCAGAAGGGCUCGAGCAGGGGCUGCACGAGCUUCUCCAGAAAGAACCCCUGGCUGCUCGCGGCCGAAUCCUUCGCGCGGUCCAUCAGCGCGACCUGGGUCAUGGGCAGCCCAAGCUCCCGCUCCCGGUCCCCCUGCCUAAAGAACUCCUCCUCCAGCGCCGCCACCAUGUGAACGACGAAACAAAAAGGGGUCUUACGCGAG